GAGUAAGCUUUGGCCAUUUUCUCAGAAAUCUAUUUACGCAGCACAUUCUUUAGUCGCGAUCUUCGUCGGAAAAGUCGUCCUGAAAUCUCCGAAAAGCUUCACAAACAUACUACAGCGUAAAUUUCACGCUGAAUUUUUGGAUUUUAUCGAACGUUUUUUCGAGCGCGAGGCAAGAAUCUUCGAAAUUUUGGAAUUUUCAAGCAAAGCGAAUUGACGUCGAGAAGGAAGCUCUUUUAGAAGGUCUUGUACAAGAAAAUGAGCGUCAGAAGAACAGUGUUUGUAGCAUUAUUAUUAAGAGUACUGUCAGAAGUUGUUGCUGGAAAAAUUCGAUGCAAGUAUGAUGAAUUCGUUGUUGAAGAUGUUGUUAGAAAGAUCUCGUGUGUUCCCUGCAAAAACUGUUCUGUAGGAGAGGGCCUGUCACCCCAGUGUGGUUCAUUUAUUCCCUACGGUACCCAUAUUGAGUGCAAACCUUGUGUUUCGGGGGUGAGUUAUUCAAGCACAUACAGCAUAGAGUCAUGCCAACCAUGUGGUAUCUGUGUUGAUCACCAAAAGGUGCUUCAAAAAUGCAACAGGACUAGUAAUUCCAUAUGUGCUGAGAACUGUGAUGUAGGAUUCUACUUGAGUUCGGUAGUUGGAGAUUGUCAAGAAUGUUCUUGGUGUUGUCCUGACUCAGAUCCUUCUGAACAUGAAGCCGAGUGCAAGAAAGAUGGUGUGCCUAUCUAUAAACGUUGUUCAGUUGACGAAUCCAUACGUUGUAGCCCAAGGUGUACUGAUCGACAAUAUAUCAUUGUAGCCAACAAUCUGAAUCAGUCUUGCUAUGAUUGCCCUUAUUGUGGAGUUGGCCAAGGUCUUUAUCCCAAAUGUCAAUCUGUUUUGUCCAGUACAAAGGAUUCAAAAUGUCAGCAGUGUAUUCCUGGAAAGACUUAUUCCGACACCAUAGAUUCUUCUUCUUGUAAGCCCUGCAAAGUCUGUGGAGUUGGAAAAAAGAUCGAAAGAAGUUGUAACACAACACAUGAUACCCUCUGUGGGGUUUGUGAUCGUGGGUUUUACAAUGAAAGCAUUGAAGGCAACAAGGAGGUGAACUGCCAACACUGUUCGUACUGUUGUGGUGAUGAUGAGGAUGUUAUUAUUCCUGAGUGCAAGGCACAAGGACUGCCUAAAAACAGGCAGUGCGCAUAUACCAAGAGGGCACUAACUAAAUGUGUUCCGGCACAUAAAAGUCUGUAUAAGAUUGUUGCGAUUGUAUUGGCAUUGAUAAUAAUUCUGAUUGGUGCCAUAAUUGGGGUAUACGCAUAUAAAGUGAAGUGCUUAGGGAGCAAGUAUGGGAAAUUAGUCAGCGAUGAGAGUCAAAUGGACUCAGCACAAGUUGUCGUGCUAGACAAAGAAGCCCCAAGCCCAGAAAGCACACCAAACAACAUAGAGUUCCGGCAUUCAGGAAUCAUUGUCCAAUGUCAUGAUGUUGGAACUGGAGAAAUCUUACUGAGGGAUUUGACUGUGAAGAUCUGUUGGAAUGAACAUAAACACCUGCCAAAGAGAAAAGAAAUUUAUCUCAGCCCAUUGAUACAGUUUCAUUCUCCUGAGUGUGAGAUUGAAACAGCCAUAACAUUAGAUAUCCCUCACAGUGCCUACCUACAAGAAGAAAAUAACACUUGGAAGAUUAAAAUAUUGAAACUAGCUUUACCCAUUAAACCUGAAACUGAAAUAGAGUUAACAGAACUGAGUGGUGACCCAGAAAUCAAGGUCCACCCUUGCAGUGUCACAUUCACAGUAAAAGAACUAGCAGCAUACGUAGUUGUUGGAGAUCCAGGGGAUCCACAGCGUGCAAAAAAAAGAAUGCAGUGUGCUGUGUUUGGAGCAGUGCCAAAAACUGGCAAGACAUAUUCUACAAUGAUAUACCUUUUGGAUGAUGGAGAAUCGUCUCUUAAGAAAUUACAACAAGAUGAAAAGAACGAAGGCCGCCAUCUUCUUAAGAAGUUGUUCUGUUCAUUGUACCCAGAUGUGGAUGCAGAGAGUGUGAUUGAUGUGGCCAUUAAAAACGUAAUGGAAGGCUGGCAGCAGGAAGACCUUUCUAAGAAGGUCAUUAGGUGUUCUGAAUGGUUAGAUUCCUACCAAGCAAUCCCUAACAUUAAAGCCAGCUUCAAGCACAUUGAUCCUCAAAUCAGAGAUUUUCGCUGCACUUUUAAAUUGACAUUCAAAGAUCAUGUUGUGGAGAUUCCAAUUUUCCAUUUUUCUGAGCCAGAGCACAUUCCAAUUGGAAUUCAGCCAACUGACCAUCAUGCACCACCAGAUGACCUCCACAUCAGCAUCAAUGAAAGCCGAACUCCUAUGCACUCUUAUCAAUAUCAAAGUCUAUCUUCUGUACCCAAUGAAGUGCUCACAAACAUCUCCCAGUCGGUUCAUCAAGCCAUUGGUGAAGAUCAUUCCCGUAUUGUGUCAGUUGCCACCAAGAUUUUUACAGCCGAUGAAGUCGACUCCAUUAGUAAGAGUGAUCAGCCAAUUAACAGUCUUAUUGACUUGGCAAGGAAUAAAUCAGUUACAGUAGCCGAUGUACACCAUGCUCUGAAGGAAGAGGGAUUGGAAUCUGGUAUGCUUCUGCCAUUCUUACAUGAAGAAAACUCAACUCAGCUGGUUUAGUUACCUAGAUAAGAGGAAAACUGGUAGACAUUUUCCUUUAAACAACUUUGUAGUAAAUUUCAUUGGAAAUUUAAGUUUGCAUUGUGUUUGCAUAAAAACCAACUUGUGGCUGACUUGCAAUAUAGUGAUGCAUGCAUUGAUUUUUGCCUUGUUAUUUAAUUGCGAUUUAACUGAAGUACGAUAUUCAUUUUCUUUUACCAAAGCGAGCAACAAAAGCAUCCCUUACUCGAGGAAUGCUUUAAAAAUUUCACAUUAUACUAUUAUUAGUAAUAAGUAAUUUGUAUUAGUAUCUUUGCAUGAAUCAUUAAUUAAUCUUCAUUGAUGUAAUUCCUAAUCAUCAUUUUGAUCAUUAAGGUACUAACAGGGGUAUACAGGGGGGUCCGCAGCACGAAUGACGGAAAAUGGAAAUGAGAAAUCACAACACAUGUACACGACAAGAAUGAGUUCCCGAAUAGCGAACAAUUAUUUCCGAUCGGCUUUUCAUGCAGCACUUUACGAGAACGACAACAGGGCUUUUAAAAAAUCUUGCCACAACUUAUUCCCAGGAUUUAUUCUCUGCCUUACCUUCAGCAAUUAGAUAUAUACACUUAUUUCAAUAAAGUUUGUCGCCUGAAAAGCUACAAAGCUGAGACCAACRAGGAUUAUGGGCAGUUACAUUUUACAUAUUUCAACCGCUUUAAUAACAUAUUCUCAUCGCUUUAAUAACUGUUGAUGGAUUUUAGAUCUUUUACCAGUUACAGUCUCACCUCUUCUGAGCAUCCUCAAGCUGCAAAUUGUAUCAAAAGCUUGACUUGUUUGAUAUUAAAAGUUUCCCAUGAUCCUCGGUGAUCUCAGCUUUCUAGGUUAUUUAGUGACUAACUUUAUUGAAAUAAGUGUAUACGAACAGAAACUCCUGCUAUGAAAGAGAUAAACAAAGAAAGAUUUCUGUAGAAUUGAUUAUUGAUUUGGACCUGAAAGUCGUUUUUCGUUCGAAUUACGUCACACUUAAUAGCUCUAUCGGUUUAUUUGCAUCUGCAUUACUACAAUAUUUUAAGGAUAAAGUAAGCAAACUAAUCAUUAGAAAUAGGUGACAGCUAGUUAUAAUAACCAAAAUGGGUUAGAGUGAAGGCAUUUUACCCGUGAAAUAAAAAUYAUUAGUCAACGUGUAAUAGUCAAAUAGACACAAAAGAAAACAAUGGAAUUAGGGUCUACUAAAGUGUGUUAGUCUAAUAUCUAUUUCACGGGUUUAAUGACUUCACUCUAACCAGGAUAAUUAGCUUUUUAGAGUAAAUAUAUAAUUGUUAUUUUGAAGACAUUASUUCAAAAUUAUUACGUUACUAUUGCCAUAAGCGCGGAUCACAGCUACAUGCACAGUUUUGAAAUACGUGUGUUAUAGAAGAGGGUCAUAUUUUGUAUCUGAGGGUGUUUAUGGGGGUGGGGAGUGAGGUUAAUCUUAGUGCUACUCUGUACCCUUGCCUUCCCUCCCCUCAUUAAGUUGUUAUCAGCCCUGGAGGGACCCUGAGGAGACUGGAGACCUGAUAGGCACUCGAUCUGUACAACCGCUAUAAACCAGCUAGGGUAUCAGUCUCCAAGCUUCUCACAAGGUUCUAAGAAUUGUGUAACAUCAGGCAAUAUUGUCCUUUAAAUAACAAAAACCAUCAAAUAAUGUAAUCACAGAAGCUGAAACUAUUAAAAGAGUUAAUGUACAAGUAGCUUGUAACGGAAAUUUAGGCCUAAGGCAAACGUCGAGCUUUCCAUGCACCGAACUCAUUAAAAACAAUGGAUAUCAGGUGAUAAUGAGGCGCCAUUCUUUGAUGUAAUUAAGUUCGGUGCAUGAAAAGUUCGACGUUUGCCCUAGGCCUUAGUCUCUGCUGCUGUCUCGUAGUUUUUGAUAGAUAUGUCAGUAUUUUUCUGUUGUUAGUGUUUCUUUUCUUAUUAGUAUUUAGUGUUCGUAAAACGUUUAUUUUGGAGGAACUAAUUAUAUGGGACUCUUGUCCAGUUGUUCUUUCCCUCAA